CCGGCGCGUGCGCGCGGCCGGUCGGCGGGCGGGGUAAGAUGGCGGAACUGGGGAAGAAGUACUGCGUGUACUGCCUGGCCGAGGUGAGCUCUCUGCGGUUCCGCUGCACCGAGUGCGCCGACAUCGAGCUCUGCCCCGACUGCUUCUCGGCGGGCGCCGAGAUCGGCCCGCACCGCCGAUGGCACGGCUACCAGCUCGUCGACGGCGGCCGCUUCACCCUCUGGGGCGCCGAGGCCGAGGGCGGCUGGAGCAGCCGGGAGGAGCAGCUGCUGCUGGACGCCAUCGAGCAGUUCGGCUUCGGCAACUGGGAGGACAUGGCUGCUCACGUGGGAGCAUCCCGAACUCCUCAGGAGGUGAUGGAACACUAUGUGAGCAUGUAUAUCCAUGGCAACCUGGGAAAAGCCUGCAUCCCGGACACUAUUCCAAACAGAGUCACGGAUCACACGUGUCCCAGUGGUGGCCCGCUUUCUCCUAGCUUGACCACACCGCUCCCGCCGCUGGACAUAUCAGUAGCUGAACAGCAGCAGUUGGGAUACAUGCCGCUUCGGGAUGACUAUGAGAUCGAAUACGAUCAGGAUGCGGAGACUCUGAUCAGUGGCCUUUCCGUGAACUAUGAUGAUGAUGAUGUGGAAAUAGAGUUAAAAAGAGCUCACGUAGACAUGUAUGUAAGGAAGCUCAAGGAGAGGCAACGGCGGAAGAACAUUGCACGAGACUAUAACUUGGUGCCAGCCUUUCUGGGGAAGGAUAAAAAGGACAAGGAGAAAGCUCCCAAACGAAAGAUCACGAAAGAAGAGAAGGAGUUGAGGCUGAAACUGAGGCCUCUGUACCAGUUCAUGUCUUGUAAGGAGUUUGAAGACUUCUUUGAGAACAUGCACAAGGAGAGGAUUCUUCGAGCAAAGAUUCGGGAACUGCAGCGGUAUCGUCGAAACGGAAUCACCAAAAUGGAAGAGUCGGCAGAAUACGAGGCAGCCAGGCAUAAACGGGAAAAGAGGAAGGAGAAUAAAAACAUAGCUAGUUCUAAGAGAGGGAAGGAAGAUGGUAAAGAAGGUGAAUUCGCUGCCAUUGAAAACCUGCCUGGCUUUGAACUCUUAUCGGACAGGGAAAAGGUGCUCUGCAGCUCUCUAAAUUUGACUCCUGCACGUUAUGUGACUGUAAAAACUAUAAUCAUUAAAGACCAUCUCCAAAAAAGACAAGGAAUUCCUUCAAAGAGUCGCCUUCCCAGUUACUUAGAUAAGGUACUGAAGAAAAGGAUUUUAAAUUUUCUAACAGAAAGUGGUUGGAUAUCCAGGGAUGCUUCAUGAAACUCGGCUGAUCUGAAAAAACGCAGCAGAGGCCCAUUACAGCCUCAAGGACUCAGUUAUUUUUUCCUUCCCUCCCCAAAGAUACAGAAAUUAUGUCACCUAAACAACAACAAAAAGCAAAUACGUAAACCCCCACAGUGUUAGUGAUCCAUGGUUCAAAUAGAUUUUUGCUUUGGAUCAUGGAAAGUACUUCAUUGUGAAACUUCUACAUUGAAUUUCACUGCUUUUGGUACAUUAUUAGAGCAGUUUUCUUUCAUGUGAACUUACUCGAAUCCAGUAGUCCUGGAGUAGUUACUUUACUCCUUACUGUUGGAUAAAUAUCAGUGUAAUCCUUGCUUUUCUUUGAAGGUGGGAGAUAGUUUCCAGCAAAUGAAACUUUCUCCUCCCUUUGUUUCGUGGUUUUUUUUGGUGUAAUGCUGGCAGCAAAGUGAAGCUUACGAAAGUCCUGAGCUCAGGAGCAGAGUGAGUGGGGAUUUUUGUGACCAUUGCUAAGCUUUGGGAGCAUUCUCCUUAGUAACUACAGCCAAGAUGCUGGGACAGCAGAGUGAGAGUUUCUGUCGAGAAUACAGCAGGCAUGAGCCAUGGCAGGGAGUGGAAGGCAAGAAAUGUGGUAGGUGAGAUGCCUUCAGAUACUUGUGCUGUGGAGAGGCUUCUUGGAGAGCUACCCUGGCACCCGGCUGAUUUGGGUCUAGCUUUGACUUGAGUUUUUGCUGAAACAGAGGGCACUGGAGCUUCAUUGGUAACUACUUAGCAGCAAAGCCGCAAUAUUACAGGGCAGCUGUGGUGCUGCUCCGGAGGAGGGGUCAGCACUACCAUCGAGUGUCUGAUUUGGGAAAUGGGGUUUGGGAAGGUAGGCAGCCAGUGGUGGUGUGCCGGUUGGAAGCCUCACACAGCAAAAUCUCUUUUGUGGGGGGAGCCUGCUCCUUCUCCAGUCUCUGUAUGGGCUGAGGGGGUGUAGCUUCCUCCUAUGAAUUUGAUUGGGAAGGACAGGGAAAGGGAGCAAGAUUCUCAGAGUGAUCAGAGAUUGGUUUGUAAAAACAAAAAUGCAAAGUGAUACACGUUAGGUCAAAGUGCACAGCUAGUGUGCUUCCGAAGUAUGGAGCCGUAAACCAAGCCCUUACAGGGUCCUGACUGUGUGUGCCUUGACACAGGCCAGGCUAACCGCACUGAAGUUGGAAUUCCUGACAUAAUAGGAGAAUGGUGCAUGCGGCCCGCUCCAGUGAGAGCAGCGCACCUUGAGAGGUAACUCAUCACAACUCUUUUAACGACUGCUGUCUGAACCAGCUGCUUGAGACGGGCGGCAGCUGGCGACGUAACGCAGCGUGUGACAGAAAUGCCAGAUCCACAGUGCUCUUUUGGUAAGAUCUGCUGAUUAAGGGGAAGAUGUUGAGGGAGGACUGGAAAAGGAUUGUUAUGCUCACUUCAUCCUUAAAUUCCCCAAGCUGGUAUUCAGCCAAAUGAAAAAAAAAAAAAAAAAAGGUGGUUGCUACGUAGCAGACGGCACCGUGUUACUUGUGCCUAAGCCUCUCUGCUGGUCGUGUCCAGAGCAGGAAGCCGUGAGCGGAGGCCAGUUGGGCAGGUCUGGAGUGCAGGUGUGCCAAAACACGGAACGUGACUGGCUUCAGAACAAGUGCAAGCACUGAAAAUGUCAUCUUGGUUUGAUGCUUUGGGCUGUAGUCAGUGAGGAUACCACAACAUCUUAAAACAGUAUUUGAUUCUGCAACUUGGCAGAGGUAUACUGAGCAGAACUGGGUUUUAGUUCAUACAUCCAGCAUUACCAAAAUAGUGUUAGCAGUGAGUUUAGAAUAAAAGGGGUACAAUUACAAAGCCAGCAUUUCUGAGGAAGAAAAGAACCAAAACUCUAGUGCCUUUUUCUUUUGAGCUUGUGAUGUUAUGCCCCUUCAGAAAAGGUAAGGGCUAUGUCCUCUUGGAUGUAAUACUUUGUUGGGCUUACCUGUAAGUGGCUUGUUGUGGAAUACUUGAGACAAAACUGUCUCUCCUUGGCAGCAGUGGAACUAACUGCGAUGUGCUGAGUAGCUUUAAGACCCACUUCCACCCUGUCUGCACGUACAAAGAGCACACAAGUUCAUAAGGUAUAAACCCUUGGUUAUUUUCUCUGUCCUCCUGUGGAAAGGAAGCUUGGCCUUUCUUUCUAGUAUUCUAGUUAUGCAAUUUGGUUCUUCCUGUAACUUGUUACCUAACUGCCAUAACAUACCAUUGCUGAUAGUGUUCAGGAGCCUCAGCUCUGCACGUAGCUGGGAGUUUAAAAGAACUAGGGUUUCUUUGUGUUGAGUUUUUUUUCCCCCUCAAAUCUGUGAUUUUUUUUUUUAAUAUUUCUAUGCUAUUUUGGCACAUCUAACUGAAGCAAUAGUCUAAAGCCCAUCUGAACAAUAACUUAAAAUCAUCUAGGCACCAGUGAGUCAUUUAAAAGUUGAAGUGAAUUCUGCAUUUACACUUUGUAGUUUCUUAAUUCCUCAGUCCCUCCAAAAUGUUUCUUUGGUGCUAGACGUAACUUAUUGAACAUCAAAAUGAAUGUAAAAUAAAGUAUUUUUAAUGUAUGAAAUAUGGAUAUCAAUAUUUAUUUUAUACUUGCAAGCAAAUUCAAGGUGGUAAAUGUUUGCUUUAGCAAAUACUAGACCCUUGGAAAGGGCUUCCCUAGAAGCAGUGUCUCAUUGUCAGCUAUGCUUUUAAUUUUAAAGGUGACUUGCACUAGAGGAUGCUGCUGUUCGUAUUUUAAUGUGGAAAUGAUUUAGUCUAAGCAUUCCUUCAUUAUGAGCUGCUGGUUUUUUGUUUGUUUGUUAAGUUGAGAUGCAGUUAUGUUAAUCCAGCAACUUACUAGAGCUGUGCUGCUUCUCUUCUGUAGUGAAGGGGCUGAUAAAAAACAUAGGAAAUGUAUCUUGUGUUGAUCUGGAAGUGCUUCCUGUACUGUACAAAUAACCUAGCCUUCAUGUUGCUAAUGAAAAGGUGUUUUAUAUGCUUAACGCUCUUUACUUUUCUAAUUAAAGAUAUUGCUAAUUAUAGCAUCUGUCCUAACAGCAUUGACGUACGCCUAUGAAAAAGUGACACUCCAUAAGCUGUUCAAAAUACUGAUCUUCUGCUACUGAUAAGAGGCAGCAAUAAGUCUGUUUUAAUGCUGUAUGUUUACUUCAAUCAGUCCAGUUCUAGUGAUGUUUUCCAGUAGUAUUUGCUCAUUAGGUAACAAGGGAGCAUUAAUCUCCGUUCUCUGUGUACUACCUAGUGCAGAAGGGUUUGUUAACAGAGUCUGGAUACAAACCCUCCUGCCCCAUGUUCUGUUGCAGUCCCAGCAAGCAUUAAGAACAGCGUUAGUAGGUUUGCACCAGUCUUUGACCAUAAACUGCCUUGCAAAUCACACAAACUAAGCACUCUGCCGUUACUGUCCUGUGCAGCAGCUGCAUCGAAUUUCUUUGCAACUGUAAUGGACUUCUUUAGCCUUCUGGUUUACUCUCUUCUCACAAAAUGUUUUUGCAUGUGCCCCGGUUGCCCUUAAGUGAUGACACAUUAAAUACUGUGAAGGAAGGUACCUGGGGAGCAUGUUCAGCUCAUCAGAUUCUUCCUUAAAGGGAAUGUUGCACUCAUUUGAAUAGUGUCCUGGUGUAGCUGUGCCAGACACACAAAUGCCUGUGCUGAAACCAUGUAAAACCUAACUGAUGUUGUGCACACAUCAUUUUACUAGGUUUUUGCAUUGUAUAUUGGUAAAUAAACUUGUAUUAAAGUUUC